AUGGUUAUGAAAUCAACUUUAAAGAUCGUAUUAGAUCCAUUUUGCUAUCGAUAAUUCGAGGCAUCUGCUGGUCGACUAUUCAUAAACUAUGACAGAGAAGCUUUCAAUGAGGUUAUAAACGAACAUUACUUGAAGGUAAAGGAUGAGGGUGGCUUAAAAGACGGCUACGCUCCUUUCUGCAAGCAUUUGUUUGUUGAGAACUUCACCUCAUUAGUAAGUGAGUAUAUCAAGAUUACUAAAGAAAACGAGGGUCUCAUCAGAAGUGGUUAUUAAGCCAGAAGAGAAAAUGAACUGGCAGUCCUUAACAGAUGGAUUGAUAUAUAGCAAUUAGAGGAGUAAACUGGACAACCAGUUCCUAAGGCCAAGUAUCUUGACAUAAUCCUAUAUAGUAAAGCAUAAAUUUUUGAGGAAAAUAAGGCCCUUGGAUAAGAAGACCAAAACAAAGAUAUCGAUUAUGAUUAUGCAAUUGUGGCUGCUAAAUCCUAAGAUGAUGAUCAUGAAACCCCAAUGCAGCCAAUUACUAUAAUGAGAAACGCUCUCGGCAAAGAAUAGGGUGGUUCAGGAGUAACACUAGAUGCAGAGAAAUACAAAGAGAGUGUUAAAUUCUGGUAGGAACAUAUUUCUAUCAAUUGA